UCGCGAUCUGCCAGCUGUCGGUCCAUGUGCUUCUGUUUGUGUCGCAUUCGGCCGCGUGUUUACCAGCAAUUUUCGUCCCUUUAAGGGAUUUUUAGGCCACCAUGGACUCGGAGUUGAGCCUCAACGUCUACACUGAGCCCGCGAGCAAGGAUUCGGCCAAGAAGAAGCCGAAGGAGAAGAAACGAAAUUUGGAAGCCGAGCCUGAUGAAUUUGAAUCAAGCAAGCGAGAGCCGAAGAAGGCGAAGCGGUCGCACGAAGGGGAGCAGCGACCCCCGCGGCAGGGGGUCACCUCGUCGCUGUUCACUGGCACGGAGGACAUCCCCCGACUGCCCCCGCCCAACAUCAAAAAGCAGAAACACCAAACUGUCUUUUCGCAGCUCACCUUUGAAAAGGCCAACUUACACCCUUUUAUGGUGAAAAAUCUUGAGGAGCUGCUGGGCAGCACCAAAAUGACUGAGGUGCAAAGGUUGGCCAUUCCAAUCAUCCUUUCAGGCAAGGACACUAUCGUCAAAUCGCAGACUGGCAGCGGGAAGACACUCACAUACGCUUGUCCUAUCAUUCAGGCGUUGCAAGAAAUUCGGCCGAAAAUCAGUCGAGGCGAGGGCAUCAUGGCUCUGGUUAUCGUGCCCACGCGAGAACUGGCGUUGCAGUCCUACGAGUGGUUGAGCAAGCUGACCAAGUCCUUCACGUGGCUCGUGCCUGGAGUUUUUACUGGAGGCGAGAAAAAGAAGUCCGAGAAGGCGCGCAUGCGCAAGGGUUUCACCAUACUUGUGUCCACGCCGGGACGCCUGCUCGACCACCUGAGCACAACGAAGAACUGCAACAUGAGCAAGGUUAAGUACCUGAUUCUUGACGAGGCGGACAGGAUGCUUGACUUGGGCUAUGAAGAGUCUGUUGCAAAAAUUGUGACGGCUCUGAACGAUCAGGGUUCGACAUCCGAGUUGAGGCAAACGAUUCUCUUGUCAGCCACGAUCAAUUCGGCGGUGGAGCGACUGGCCGGCUUGGCCCUGAAGGAAUCGCGCGAGUACGUGGACGCGUCCAACGACAAGGAGCAGGCCGAAACCGCCGACUCGGAGGUACUGUGCGUCCCUGACACCCUGGACCAGUGGUUCCUGGCGGUGCCGCCUAAGCUGCGGCUCGUCGUGCUGGCCUCCUUCGUCGCUUCAAAGUGCGAGCUGACAAAUCAACGCAAAAUGCUGAUUUUCUGCGCCACGCAAGACAUGGUCGACUACUUGACGCCGCUCCUGGCCUCAGCUUUGUCCCAAAAAGACACGACCGAGGAGAGCAGCGACGAAGAGGGAGACAAUGACGAAGAGGCUGAAGAUGAGAAGAAUCUGUCCGGAAUCAAUACGAAAAUUCAGUUUUUCCGGCUUCACGGCAAUAUGACGCAAAAGGAAAGAACCGAGGUUUUCAAAACUUUCCGUGACGUCCCCUCCGGCGUUUUGCUCUGCACGGACGUUGCGUCUCGAGGCUUGGACUUGCCCAAAGUGGAUUGGAUUAUCCAAUUCACUGCUCCUCCAACGCCUCAGGAUUACGUGCACCGCGUCGGUCGCACUGCGAGAGUGGGCCACAAAGGGUCUGCCGUCAUAUUCCUUGCGCUAUCAGAGCUUGGUUACGUCACAAAACUAGAAGAGCACGGCAUAAGAUUGAAAGAAAUGGAUGCGACGAAGGUGCUUGACGAACUGCUCAUGCUGAUACCACGCGAACCCGAGCUGAAGAGGAGACGUGGCUCGCGCUCCAAGUCUGCUGGCAGGAGCGUCGAGGCAGUCGCCACGGAUCUGCAGCUGCAGUUCGAGAAGGCCGUUUUGGACGACAGACAGCUGCAUGAGUUGGCUUGCAAAGCGUACGUGUCGUGGGUGCGAUUUUACGCGAGCUACCCGGCGAAAGCAAAGGCCUAUUUCCACUACAAAGCGCUGCACUUGGGUCAUUACGCGAAGAGCUUCGCCCUGCGUGACGCGCCGAGCAGGAUCGGCGGCAUCGGCAAGAGGAACUGGGAACGAGACCAGCAGAAGCAACACUCGGAGCAGCGCACCAAUUUCAGGAGGCAAAACCCUGGCACCAUCAAGAGAUCCAAGGACAGAAACAAGGAGCUGCUUGUCUCCGAGUACGCGUCUGGACUGUGAAAAAUAAUUAGCGCGUGUAAAAUAAACAAUUAACGAGUGUAUUUAAUACACUGACUCUCAAAA